AUGCCUGAAAACCGUAGAAGAAAUGUCGCUCCUCAGUCGGUGAUGGCUGCCAUAAGCGGAAGUGAGGUUUUGGGUCAUGCGCGAUGUAUAAAUAAAAGUAAGUCCUUCUCUGCUGUGUUCUUUAUCUGUUUAUUUCUGCCACUACAAGGGACCCAGGCUUUGUUUAAUGCCUCGGGGGACAUACAAGGUAUUGGUGUACAUAUCGCCCGGGAGGCCCUGGUGGUCAGUGUGCAUAGUGAAACCAUCAAACAAGUCCACUAUGUCGAUAUCAAUAACCCGGAGAAUCUGAGACGUGACAUCUACCCGACCUUAACCAACCCCACUGCUAUCUCUGUGGACUGGCUUAGUGAUUUGGUCUAUAUUGUGAAUGAUCUGCAGAUCUACCAAUGUGAGAUUGAUGCGAAUUCCUGUGACACAGUAGCAACAGGGCCUUUGUCUACUACGGUUACAGACCUGGACAUUGAUCCACUGAAUGGGUUUUUAUACUUUACUCAGAGUGGGAACUAUGGAGGUCUUUAUAGGAUUGAUACUGGAGAGAUCCAAAAUUGGGGUCGUUUUUUCACAAGGUCAGCAAAACCUUCAUUAGUCACGUAUUGUGAACUCAGUGCAUUCUUCAUAGACCAUGGUAAUAUGCAGCUGUACUUUCCCAAUGACUCUCAGAACACCAUGCUCACCUCUUUCCUGGAUGGCAGUGGUCAAGAAGACUUACGUAAGGGCAAGGUGUUAUGGCGAAACUUUCACAAUAUAAGCAGCAUGGUCUUCUACAACGGCACUUUUUGGUGGACUAAUGGUGACACAGUGAUGACAGAAGAACACGACAUUGACAGUGACAUUUUAUACCACAACUCCAUUCUCUUCUUUACUCAUCAUUACACCUCCUUCAACCUGUACCUGCCCACCACCCAGCCACCAGCAGUUCCGCACAGUCCACCACAGAACCUGCAAGCACUGUUCACCUCUACCAAGGUCAAAGUCGAGUGGUCACAGCCUCAAAAGUUAUCAUACCAAGGUCAAGGUGCAUGGGCACGUUGGCAGUAUGAGGUCAGCAUCAUGAUGAGAGAGACAGGUGAGGAGACGAUUUUAAGUGGUAUCAAUGGAAAAAGUCUGGAGCAGGUGGACAUGAUCCCGGAUAAAAUUUACGUCAUCAAAGCCAGAGCCUGCUGUAACCUUGGCUGUGGGCCAUGGUCCAGUGAAUUUAUUGGCCGGACUCUGCCUAUAGCUGCUUCAAACGCCACCUUGCUCUUUUCCUGGUGGUUGCGAAGAUCCAACAGAUUGAUAGAGGUUGACAUGUACGGCAAAAGAAUCAGAAUGGCCACCAUUGACUCGAAGGCAGUGUUUAAAGACUUUGCCUGGAGUAGCAGAGAUAUCUAUUGGACUGCAAAUGAUGGCAAAUUAUAUACAUGUGACCGCACCACUCUCGGAUCUUUCACUCAGGUUGCAUUCGCUGGAAAAUCCAUCUCUGCUGUUACAUAUGACUGGCUUGGUCAUAAACUCUACUGGUCUGUCUCUAACUUGGGGGUGAUCCGACGGUCGUCAGUAGAUGGGAGGUCUGUGGAGUUUGUCACCCAGGCAACAGCCCACCAUAUGGCUGUGGACUCACUAGCCGGCAGACUAUACUGGACCACCACCAAUACUUUAGAGUCAGUUGCCCUCAAUGGAGAGGACCAUUAUCUCCACUUCUCUAUCCCAUUUUUCUCUGGUAAACAUGUGAUCAGUCUGACCCUAAACCUGGACAUGGGGAAGGUUCUGUGGUAUGUACGAGGCUACAGGAAACAAGAGUUGUAUAUGACACACCUUGUCAGCAAUGGGGAAGAUCAUGACCUCACACAGCCUUAUACCUUCAUCGGCAGCUUCACAAGUAUAUCUGAGUAA